AUGAAGACCGUAGUAGCCGCCGAAUUGUACAAGCAUACCUGCACCGUUUCCACCAAAGAGUUCCUGGAUCACAUUCUUUGCGUCGAACCGGACGUCGCUGAGCUUGUCUUGGACAAGCUCAAAGCACAACGAUACGUCAAUAAACGCUGGGUUGAUUUUCCAGAACACAUCUCCGCAGAGAAAGAGCUCUAUGAGCCGUUUCUCAAACACGCGAGCGAAAUCGGUGAGAUGCUCGAAGAGUUCAACCUGACUCCGGGAACGCAUGUGGAUUGGGUGAAUGGCGCGAACGUUGUUCCGCUUUCUGACAACGAGGCGGCGGCGAGGCUCCGCUCUGAUAUUUUGGCCACCCUUAGGGUCGCCCCGAAGCACCCAGAGCGGAAGCAGGAGCAAGUGGAACAGCCCCGCCCGCAUUGGUUACGCGUUCAAGUCCCGGUGGAAGUCAAGAAGGAUUCGGACGAAGCUACCGUCGCGGACGCCCUCGCCCAAUUGUGCAGAUAUAUACGUCUGGUCCUCAGCGAACAGAUCAAUCGUCGCUUCGUCAUCGGACUUCUUUUAUGCGGCACGAAGCUCUCGGUCUGGCUAUGCGACAGGUCUGGCUUGAUAGGCACCCAGGCCGUCAUCGACAUACACGAGCAACCCCUCAUGUUCGUUCGGAUCAUCAUGUCGAUUUCGCAGAUGCCGCCUGAGCGUGUGGGCUGGGACCCGGAUAUGAAACUGCUGCGCAGGGUGAAAGGCUCAGAUGCCGCGGAUCGCCGCGCUAAAGGCUCAGGCGAUGGAGAUGACGAUGCUACAGUAGUUUACGACGAGGGCGAUUGGGAAGUCGUCGACCCCACGGACCCGUCUGUCGUACCGGCCGACUUCAGGGGUUCCAUAUACAAGACACGAUGGGAAAUCACCGUACAGAGGCCCGAUCAGUCCAAGCAAGUGUUCCGCACUGUGGAUUCUCUCAGCCUCGCUCGUUCGGGGGUGAUGUGCAGCAGCGGGACGACGGUGUGGGAGGUGCAAGACGUCGAGACCAAAGAGUUCUUUGUUCUCAAAAAGCUGUGGCGCCUCGCAGGCUCUGCCUUGGAAGCAGACCUUCUACCAGACCUUCCGGAUGACGCUCCCGUGGUCAAAAUCGUGUAUUCAGUGGACGCUUACGUUGGAGGCGCUCUCGACAGCACCGUGAAACUGAUUCGACAAGGCGUGACCCCCGACAAGCCCGCGGACAUGGGUGACGGCGACACGUCGAAAUCCAAGAAGAGGACGUAUGAAGACGUGCACGUUAACGAUAAAGUGGUUCAUAUCGCCAUGGUAGACGACAAGACGCUUCACAUUCUGGAUGAUUUUCACCAGCCCGAGGAGCGCAUUCGGAGCUACACGUUGAUGGCCACACGCGGCUUUGCCAUCAAGAGAUUCAAGAAUAUUUCCCAGCUCUUGGAUGGUAUGCGCGAUGCCAUAAGAGGACAUCAACUUCUGUGGCUCAAAGAAGUUCUCCAUAGAGAUAUCAGUCCCGGUAACAUCAUCGUACCCCAGUCGGACGGCAAAUAUGCUGGCUGCAUGAUUGACCUUGAUCACUCAAGGAGAAUGGAGGGGUGCCGAGCUACGUAUCCUUUCCCACAGGCGGAUGAUAGUCAAUGCGAAACACUUGUGCAAAUGGCGAAGCUAGGCGAUGUAGAAAUCUCUCGGACUACAGCGUCAAAUCUGCUGGCUUGUUUCCCACAUGCAAAGGCAGCCUUCCAGUUUGUAACAACCGUUGAUGAGACAUGGUCAGGCGAGCGAUCCGUAGAAGAUUUCAUACCAACGAAAUCCUGGCCGGAAAUGGAUGAUGGUGUGGACUCUCUCGUGCGCACAGGCACUAAGGCUUUCAUGAGUGCCGAACUUUUCGGUGGUCAACAAUAUUGUCCGAACGGAUCACGGAGAAAGCCAGGCGAGAAAUUGAAGCAGACCGUCAUCCACGACAUCGAAUCUUUCUUCUGGGUUUUGGUCUAUCUGUGCCUGACACGCAAGGGUAAUGGCGAAUGGCGCGAGGAGUUGUGCAAAGAUCCCCCACCAGGCAAUGUCGAAGCACAAAGGUUGCACACCACUGUUUAUUGUCUUUUCGACUCCUCCUUGGAUCACGUCCUUCAAUACAACAAAAGGGAAGCUUUUGAGGAUCCCUCCAGCGUGGACAAGUUCGUCAUUCCUGUCUUUCACCCGGAUCUGGCAGACUUGGGGGACCUCGUGAAGGAGUGGUGGGAUCUCCUUAUUUUCUCAUAUAAGAACUAUAACUACUUCACGCCCGGCGUCCUCCACGAUCAAGUCCUUAAGCUCUUCGACCGUCACUCGGAAACCAUCAAGGCCAGGUACCGUGAAAGACUGCCGCCCACCACAGCUAGCCCGGUCACUGGUCAAGUGGCUUCUUCGCCGGACGCGCAUAUCGACGCCGCAUCGUCGCAGGAGACCGACAGAACGCUCCACCGAACGAAGCUGGAAACUCCUCGGAAGUUGCAGAUCAAGACCGUACCUGGCAAAUUCGGUCCUGCAAUCCCAUUCAAUCCCACCCCGGAAGACGAUUCAUCGAGCCCCGCCUCGAAACGGCCCAAGGUGAACCGCGAUUGA